AUGUCGGCCCUUAUCCGUCUCUUUAGAUCCGGAAGAACAUCGAACCAUCAAUAUGAAACGAUCCCCGAUGGUGGUCACAAUGAAACUCAUUUUGAGUCGCCCGAAGUUAUCAGAGAUAUUGUCAUGGGACUCAGUGACGGUUUGACGGUACCGUUCGCUUUGGCCGCUGGUCUAUCUUCUCUUGGAAAUUCCCGUCUGGUCAUAAUGGGAGGCCUUGCAGAACUCAUUUCAGGUGCCAUUUCGAUGGGUUUGGGCGGUUACCUGGCAGCUCGCUCGGAAGCCGAUCACUACGUUAGCGAGAGAUCGAGGGAAAUCUGGGAGGUCGAAAACUGCUUUGAAGACGAAGUACAAGAAAUCAUUGAUAUUCUGUCACCUUAUGGAUUGGAUCCGAAUACCUUGGCACCUAUUAUUGAAAAGUUAUCAUCAAAUCCCGAAAGAUUUGUUGAUUUCAUGAUGAAGUUUGAACUAAACCUUGAGAAACCUGAUCCAUCCCGAGCAUGGAAAAGUGCCUUCACAAUUGGAACUUCAUAUUUCAUCGGGGGACUUGUGCCGUUGUUGCCAUACGUAUUUAUUGAAGAUUCGAUGAUGGGCUUGUACGUGAGUUGCGUUAUAACCCUGAUAUGCUUAAUAAUCUUUGGUUUUGUCAAGGCACUAUUCACAGCACCAAAUAAGGCAUUUUGGACUGCCAUACAAACUGCGCUUAUUGGUGCUAUCGCCGCCGCCGCUGCUUAUGGGGGAGUGAAGUUACUCGAAAAUUUUCAAUGA